UUGCUCUGUGUCCGGCGCAAGACGUCGCCGUGGUCGCAGUCGCAGUCGUAGACGUAGUUGUCGCUGUCAUCAGUUCGUUGUAGAUAUUUUCCCGGCACGGACGUGCGCUGCUCGCGGCCCAGACGGAUAACAGUUGACGGCAGUUGCUUGGGGCUCUGCCACAGUUUCGGUUGAGGUUUGCUCCAUUCGAGUUUCAUUAGGCGAACCGCAGAGCAGGACGCGGCGACGCGGCGACGCGAGCGAGCACCCAAACGUGGACCCAAUAAAAUGUUAACCAUGCAGCACAGUCAAACGACAAACAAAUGAAAAACCUCAACGACCUUCUGCAUGACAACCUGAGCUGCAGUUGUCCAGCUGACAGCCACCGGGCCAAGGAGUAGCUGCCGUCGUAGCGACUGCCGUAGCCAUGGGCGAUCUGCAGGCCACGAUUGAGUUUUCCGUGGAGCUGCAUAAAUUCUUCAAUGUGGAUCUCUUUCAGCGCGGGCUUUAUCAGGUGCGUUGCGGUCUGCGCGUUUCACCCCGCCUGCCCGUCCAGGUGGAGACCAGCAUACCCGAGUCGCCCAAUGCCAAGCCCAAUGGCGCCUCCAGCGAGCCCAGCGACAACGAACGGGACAAUGAGCUGGCCACGCCCGUGGACGCGGCCACAGUGCCAGGCAUUGGCAGCUGCACAUCCGCCACCAUAAUCAAUGGCAGCGGCGCCUCACGCAUCUUUCAGAUACUCUAUCGCAACGAGGAGGUGCCGCUGCGCGAUGUCAUACACUUCCGCAGCCAUCUGCUGGUUGACAGCCGUCACCUGAAGGAGUCCAUCGAACGGGCAGAGUUCUCGCUGCAGCUGGAGCUAUGGUUCGGCGAACAGAACGGCAGCAGCCAACUGACGUUGGCAUCCACACGCAAUCUGCAGUUGAACUUUCAUCCGGGACGCGGACUGCACUAUCAUCUGCCCGUGCUGUUCGACUACUUCCACUUGGCGGCCAUCAGUGUGGGCAUUCAUGCCAGCCUCGUGGCCCUGCAUCAGCCAUACAUAAAACUGCAUCAUUUGGGCGGCAUUCGUGGAAGGGGCGUGGCAUCGCUACUCCUGUUACCAACUGCACAGCAUCUACUGCAGCCGUGGCGCAGUCAAUUUUUACGCCGUUUGAUUCAGCAAAAGAAAAGCAUAUUCUCAUAUAUCAAGUUAUGUGCGCCACGCAGCUCGAAGCCUUGGAGCGCCGGCAAGCUCAGCUGCCGAGGGAACACCUCGCCUGGGCCCCUGGAGGCCGUGUUCUUUGGCCCCCAAAUAGGCGGCACCACCAAGUGCAGCGGCGGGCCCACUGGCCGCUUGCUGCAGUCGCGUCAGAUCCAUCGGGACAUCUGCAGCCUCCUGCUGGGCGCCAUCGAGCAGCUGAAGGCGACCCUCAACGAGUUCAGCACCGUGCUCCCGCCGAGCAUCAAUGCGCAGAUCGGCUCGCCGCCGCUGCGGGAGAACGACACGGGCGAGCGACUGCAGCAGCUGCUGGAGCAGGCCAAGCAACUGGAGGCGGAGGACGACUUUGCCACGCUGGCCAAUUCGGACAUCGCGCAGCUGUGCGCGGAGAGCAUCUUCUGGUGGCGUCGCGUGCUGCUCGCCUCCCGCUCCUCAACGGCGGUGCACACGCUGCUCGCACGCAAGCACCACAUUCUGCGCGUGCGCCGCUUUGCCGAGGGCUUCUUUGUGCUGGAGCAGCCGCGGCAUGCGGCCACCGGCUGCCACGAGAUGAACGGCAACGGCAGUCCCGGCCACUGCCAGGGCUAUGCGGGCAUCGCGGAGCUGGCCAGGCGCAGUCGCUACUUGCAGUCGCUGCCGCCGCUGCCCGUCCACUGCACGCCCAUCGACGGGGAUGCCGCCUCGCUGCCGCUGAUCUUCGAGGAUCGGUAUGUGGUGCCCGGCGCCAGCUAUGGGAGGCGUCGCUCCGGCAGCGAUCCCCAGCUGGAUGAGACGGCGACGGCGGCGAGCAAGAAGAAAACUCUGGCGCCCGACAAGACGCACUCGAGCAGCAGCCUCAAUGGCACCAAGGACUGCCUCGCCUGUCACUUCGACUACGACUAUCCGGCGAGCAAUGGCAGCGGCCCGGCCCAUCCGCAUGCCAAGUGCGUGGUCACGCCACGCUUUGCCCUCGGCGGCGAGGUGCUGCAGGCCAGCUUGACCAUUGCGCCGAGCAGCAAGGAGGCGCAGCCCGUGGCACUGCGGCACAAUCUGUCCAGGCACUCGGUUACCGGGCUGCUCGAGGAUCUGGGCACGGAGCCGACCGAGACGGCGCUGCCGACGCGGCACAGCAAGUCCCUGGAUCAGCUGGACGGCUGCCAGACUGCAGCCGCCGAGACGCACGUGCUCGAGCCCAGCUGCAAUGGACGCCAGGUGAGCUACAACACGCUGCCCGCCGGCCUGGCGCGCCUCCAGGCGGACGACCUGAUGCGCAACAUCUGCGAGUUCCGGCAGCGCUAUGGGCACGCCAGCAAGUUCGACUACUUGAACGAGAUCAAGCUGCUGAAUCCGCCCAAGCAGCCGGCGGCCAGCAGCGGCGCCUACAAUUCGCUGCCCAAGAGCAUGCUGCCGCCGCGCAACUCCUAUCCGCCGCCCCCGCCCAGCCAGUACACGACCAUGCCGAGGAGCAACAGCUCCCAGAUACCGCGCGCCGUGGAGAUCGCGCGGGUGCGUGUGUCCGACAUCAAGGAGAUGCUGCGCCAGGGCCAGGCGCAGGGCGCGCUGCGCAAGGAGUCGAGCAGCUCGGAGAGCGACAUGAUGCAGAAGCUGCAGAUGCUCAGCUCGAGCAGUGUGCCCUUCCGGCUGGACGCCACCACCACGACCACGGUCAACAGCAACAACAACACCAACAGCAGCGAUCCGAACACCAGCGGCUUCAGCGAAUCGCUGCCCAAUCUGGCGCCGCCGCCCGAGUUCGAUUCGGAUGCGCGACGGCAGCGCAGCAAUUCGACGUCGUCGCUCAGCGAGGAGAGCGGCUGGGUGAGCAGCCGGCGCAGCUCGUUGGCCGUCUCCAGCCCGGACACGAUCACCAGCACCGGGCCGCAGCAGAAGCAGCGACACACGCAGCUCAGCCUGGGCAUGGGCAUGGGCCUGGAGACGCGGCUCAACGGCGAGCAGCUGCGUCUGCGCCUGCAGAAGCUGCUCGAGCAGCAGCAGCAGCAGCAGCCGCACAAGCCUCAGCGGAAGCGUCAAUCGGCUGGGAACAGUCAGAGCCGCACGCCCGCGCGUCUCCAGCAGCAGGAGAGGGAGAAGGAGAAGGAGAAGGAGCUGCACAAGAAGAUCUCAUCGGUGACCGUGACCAUCAAGAAGGAGCGUUCACGCUUUCAACUGGAUCGACUGCGCCAUCUGCCAAAUGGCGAAUCCACCGAGGUGGAGGACUUGGAGCGUCCGCCACCGAGACGCCGUCACAAAGGCGGCGCCGCUGCCAGGUGCGAAAAGUCCAAGUCGGACUUUGAUAUUACCAGCUUGAAGGAUAUGCAGCCGCUGGAUGCAGUUUGCCUGCCGCCACCGCAACAGUUUCAGGAUCAGGAGCAGGACCAGGAGCAGGAGCAAGUGCUAGCACCACCGCCACCCGACGAGUUUCGCGAUCCACCACCGGAGCCAGCACCUGCUCCGGCUGCCGCUCCAGCUACAGCUCCACAGCCCAUGCCCAUGCCAGCUGCCCCUCCAGCUGCUCCGGCCGUGGCCAAGUCCAAGACCAAGUCGAUGGCCUGCCAUGUGGUGCUGGCACCACCACCACCGCCGCCGCCGCUCAAGGAACGACAGCCCAUAGGCGCCAUUGACAAUCCCGUGUACCACAUCUACGAGUCACUGCGUCCCAUGUCCACCCCGGCGAUCUUCAGCAACAAGCCGGUGCUCAAGUCACACAGCCUGGCGGAGCUGAAGCGACCCCCACAGCAUCAGUGCAAGCAGGAGAAUGGCGUGGACACGGAACAGGACGAGGACAAGGAGAACGCCGCCAAUGGCCAGGUGCUGGUGCGCAACAAGCAGUCGAACGGCUCCAUUAGCAAGCCCAAGCGCAAGGGUCAGCCCGCUGGGCAGGAGGCCAGUCCCAGCAUUUCCCUCCUGGAGUUUGAGAAAUGCCGCGAGGAGUUCCGCAAGCAAAUCAAAUACCAGGGCAACAUCUACUCGGACUACGUGCAGCUGGCCUCGGAGCUGCCCUAUUUCUACAUCAGCGACGAGUAUCGCGCCUUCUCGCCCAACGGCAUGCACCUGGUCAUCUGUGUGCACGGCCUGGAUGGCAACUCGGCGGACCUGCGGCUGGUGCGCACCUACCUGGAGCUGGGUCUGCCCGGCGUGAAUCUUGAAUUUCUCAUGUCGGAGCGCAAUCAGGGCGAUACCUUCUCUGACUUCGACACCAUGACUGAUCGGCUGGUCGCCGAGAUUCUCUACCAUAUCGACAGCUGUGGCUUGAAUCCCGCACGCAUCUCAUUUGUGGCCCACUCGCUGGGCACCAUCAUCGUGCGCAGCGCCCUGGCACGCCCACAGAUGCGCCCUCUACUGCCGCGCCUGCACACGUUCCUCUCGCUCUCCGGUCCGCAUCUGGGCACCCUCUACAAUACCAGCGGCCUGGUCAACAUGGGCAUGUGGUUCAUGCAGAAGUGGAAGAAGUCGGGCUCGCUGCUGCAGCUGUGCAUGCGCGACACCACGGACAUGCGCAACAGCUUCCUCUACAGACUAAGCCAGCGCAGCACUCUGCAUCACUUCAGCAACAUAUUGCUCUGCGGCUCUAGCCAGGAUCGCUAUGUGCCCGCCCACUCGGCACGCCUGGAGCUGUGCAAGGCCGCCAUCCGGGACAACUCCACAUUGGGCACCAUCUACAGGGAAAUGGUUCAUAAUGUCAUCGCCCCCAUUUUGGCCAGGCCGGAGCUAACGCUCGCCCGCUUCGAUGUCCACCACGCGCUGCCCCACACGGCCAACACGCUGAUUGGAAGAGCUGCUCAUAUUGCGGUGCUGGACUCUGAGCUGUUCAUUGAGAAAUUUAUGCUGAUUGCGGGCCUGAAAUACUUCAGUUAACAUGUCUAAGCAGAGAUCCUUGGACUAGUUACAACUCUAGCUGACUUUUGAAACAGCCAAUUUGAUAUGGAAAGCUCUAUGAAGCGUUUUGUAGACCUAAGCUCUAGCGACUAAAGUACUCAUAUUUUAAUGUUAUUUAAUGUGUAACACAAGAAUCUAUUUGAGUUUGCAACACACGCAGGAGACAUACCACAAAACACAGACACACACUCACACAAACACACACUGUUUGACUAUAUAUACAGAUAUACUACAAUAUAAUCCACAAGCAGGAUGUUACUGCAGUUUCUUCAGCCAACAGAAUUCCAACUGCAAUUCAGUUGGACCAAGGAAUUUAUUGAAACAAAUUGUUAGACUUGAAAUUUUUGUACCAAAACGCAAAUCUUUUGUAGAGAAUUGACAAAAGUUGAAACAAUUAAUCAAAAUGAUUGCAAAAUGGGAAUGUUUAAUCAAAAAACUAUAACCAAAGCGGCGUAACUGUUAAAAACGUGUUAUCGAUAAAUUACAAUUUUUUAUAGCUAAUAGAGUUCAAAACUUAAGGAAAUAACAAAACAACAAAAAAAUGAAAACAAACGGAAGCCAAAGACAUCCAUCAUAAGUAGUUUAGAUCUAAGUUAAAACUAUUUACGAGACUUUAUGAAACGGUUGAAUUGGAGCAGUAGGAAAAUGAGAAAAGUUCAUGAUAAGUAUACGUAACUAACGAUAGCUGAGCACACGAAUACAAGGUUGCAUUUCGAAAAAUAUGUAUUAGCAAUUGUGAGACUAAUUAAAACAGAAGAACAAAUGGUUUUUCCAAAUCUUUGUACUGCUAAAAAACAAAAGCAACUAUGGUAGGCAGGAAUUAGAGUAGAGAUAAUAGACCAUUUUAGAGUUGAGUAGUGGAAUUAAUGCAUUUGUGGAGCGCGUCAAUUAAGCUGGGGAUCGCAUUGAGAAUCGUAUGGCAGCCUCUUGCAAGUAAAGUUUUCUUUAGCGCAAAUCUGAAUUUGUUAAUUGGGAACAACAAAACAAUGUUAGUAAAUGAAUCGACAUGUAGAGCAGUUAGGUCAACUUGAAAAUUUUGUAGUCUAGUCGUAGUCGAAUUGUCGUCUACAUAAUUACAUACAUAGUUAUGUGUGUUUUCUGAGCUUUUUCAAAUCGUUGUUGUGAACAUUUUUAGCUAAUUACCAACUUUGACUUUUCAUGUAUAACUUUUUAAAAUCUACCCAUUUAGCUGUAUACAUACCAGAAGUUGCAUUCUAUUUGUGUAACCGUCCUAAUUCUAAUGCCUACAAUACAAAAUUUCAUUUUAAAUACAUGUUUUAUGCAUAGAAUUUAAGACUUUUGUGAGAUGUUUCCUAAGGCACUUCGAUUUUACUAAAUGUAUCCAAACAAA